AUGGCACCAACCAAGCAAGAGCUCUCCCUGCUCAUCAAUCCUCUCGUCCCAGAGGCAGUCCAGCACAACUACCGAGUCCUCUCAUCCCUCCACUCCCUAACAGCCUUCCUCCUCGGUCUAUCAGCCGGAAUCCUAGCCCUGCAAUCGAUAACCGGAUUUGCAUUCUACUUCACGGGCACCGUGCUCGUAUCCGGUCUAUUUCACCUUCUCAUAAUCCGGCGCUCAGGUGGCGCUGGAGCCGGCGUAUUUUUCCCAGGCAGCAAUGGAGAAAUCGAGGGGAGAUUAGAAUUGGUCAAGUCUGGUGCGGUCCUUAUGGACUUGGGCGAAAAGAAGGCGGGGAAAAGAUAUGUCUUGCGGGCUGGUGCUUGGAAGGAUGUUUGGUUUGGGGGUGGUGUCGUUAGUGAGGCGCUCAGCGGGUUUGUGCUCGGUUGGGCUGGUGUUGGUGGUGUUUUGAGGUGA